AUGUCGGGCCAACAGCGACAACAGCGACAACAGCCGGGAAUCGCAUGCGAAGAAUGCCGACGACGAAGAAUCCGCUGCGAUAGGACACGACCUCAAUGCACAGCAUGUGCUACAUCCGGCGUGGAAUGCAUAGUGCGAGACAGCUGCCCGCCUCGAGGGCCCAAGAAAGGAUAUCUCAAGUCGCUGCAGAAAAAGAUAGAGGAGCUUGAGAGCCAGCUGCUAGAAAAACAAGGGUCAUCUCCAGCACCAACCUGCCAGACCGUGGACAACGACAGCAGCACAGACAUCCAUGAAAACCGGACCGCCACGCCCGAAACAACAGAUAUCCUGCAGUGGCCGGCGGCACCGGUAGAAUUCCCAUUUCCCGCGGUGGAACCGUGGGAAUGUUUCGACGGUUCGUACUCGAGCUCGCUCCUUCAAUUGCCAGUGGACAGUGUGCCAGUGGAAAGUGUGCCGGAGUUGAUCCAGAUUCCAAUGGAGUCCGGCUUCUUGAUCUCUCCCAUGAUGCACAAUGACCUAGACCAGCUGUAUUUCGACCGGGCGUAUGCGUUUGCGCCAAUCAUCCAUACCCACCGCUACCGGUCAUGGUCUAAACAACCCAACAAGAGCAAACAGAGGACAUGCCUGCAGUUCGCGAUGUGGACGUUGGCCUCCUCACUCUCCAGCCAGUUCCACGUUCAAGGCUGCAAGCUAUACGUGCAAACGAGGCAGCUUCUGCACGAGCUCGAAGCAGAGGAGCCCUGGCACCAUAUCUCUCUAGAACAAACCCAGGCGUGGGCGUUGCUUUCGAUCUACGAGUUAAGCUGCCAGGACUUUGACCGAGGCAUGAUGUCUGCCGGUAGAGCUCUUCGCUUGAUUCAGAUGAUGAGACUGUACGAGCUCGACAUGCCUCGAACACCUCAGACCAUGCAGCUAGACCAGUAUCAAAGACAACUCACUCCGAGCCAGGAGGACUGGGUUGAUAUCGAAACGAAGCGACGGACCUUUUGGCUUGCGUAUCUAAUUGACCGUUUCACGAGUAUGGUGGAUGGGCUGCACAUGUUCUUUGACGAGCGGCUGAUACGAACACGCCUACCGGCCCCUGAGGCAAACUUUGCAAGCAAUCGCCCGACGGACAUGAGUUUCCUCGCGGAUGUUGUCCCAGACGUCAGCGUCGAGUGGCAACACAACACCUUAUCGCCCUUUACAGAGUGCGUCAUCGGGGCCACCCUGUGCGGACGAGUCCUCCAGCAUAAGCAAAACGCGCCGUCCCGACCAUGCGAAGAGUUCUGCAGCCGACACCGGACUCUGAAUGCACUUCUGGCGCAGCGGAUUCGGAUGCUGCGAAUCUACGCAUCCCUGGAGUACCCGGACCCCAUCAUCGCGUUUGUUGCGCUGGCGGCUCAGAUCGAUGUGCUGAUGCUGUAUGAACUGAUUGAAUCCAAGCCAUUGGGGACCGGCGUCGAAGGAACGCAGCUUGUUCAAGCGCUUCAUGCUGAACACCAACAACAGGCCCGAGAUGCCGUGACGGAUAUCUCUCUGUUGGUGGCCGUGCUGGGCCAACACUUCCAGAUGCACCCUUUGGCCCCGAUUCUGCUUCUCCUGGGCGCCCGGUUCUCGCAAUCUCAUCCCGAGCUAAAUGACGCCUAUAUCAAGCUUAUGCCCAGCAUCUUGACUAUGUUGCAAGCCUCGACGGGCCUCAACAAGCUUGCACAGAGCUUUCUUCAGCUUUUGAACCCCCAAGGCGAUACGUGGUGUGGGUUUACUUAA